AUGACUAGUGUAUGUUCAGCACCACAGUGUGGUAAAGAAACCGAAUCAAUGUUAAAAUGUCCAGUUUGUCUAAAAGAAGGAAUAUCAAAUGUUUUCUGUGAUCAAAAUUGUUUUAGAUCAAGUUAUGGAAUUCAUAAAGCUAUUCAUAAAUCAGAAGAUGGUGAAAAUUCAUAUAUUCCAUUUCCAAAUUUCGAAUAUAAAGGAGAUUUAAGACCUCAUUAUCCAUUAUCACCAAGAAGAAGUAUACCCAAACAUAUAAAAUUACCAGAUUAUGCAAAAGAUGGUAAACCAUAUAGUGAAAUUAAGAAUGAUAGAAUUGGGAAAAUACCAGUAUUAACUGGAAAAGAACUUACAAAAAUCAGAAAAUGUAGUAAAGUAGCAAGAGAAAUUUUAGAUAUUACAGCAAGUCAUAUAAAACCAGGAAUAACAACAGAUGAAAUAGAUGAAAUUUUACAUAGAGAAUGUGUUAAAAGAAAUGCAUACCCAUCACCAUUAAAUUAUUAUAAUUUCCCCAAAUCAUUAUGUACUUCAAUAAAUGAAGUAAUUUGUCAUGGAAUACCAGAUAAAACAAAAUUAAAAGAUGGUGAUAUUAUAAAUCUAGAUGUAACUAUUUAUUAUUUAGGUUUCCAUUCAGAUUUAAAUGAAACUUAUUAUGUUGGAGAUAAAGCUAAAGCAGAUCCAGAUACAGUACGAUUAGUUGAAACAACUAGAGAAUGUCUUGAUUUAGCUAUAAAAGCAUGUAAACCUGGAGUUGCUUAUAGAGAAUUAGGAAAUAUAAUAGAAAAACAUGCAUCAGAAAAUAAUUGUUCAGUUGUACGUACGUAUUGUGGUCAUGGAUGUGGAGAAUUAUUUCAUUGUCAACCAAAUAUUCCUCAUUAUGCUAAAAAUAAAGCAAUUGGAAUAAUGAAACCUGGUCAUGUAUUUACAAUUGAGCCUAUGCUUAAUUUAGGAACUUAUAAAGAUUGUACUUGGCCUGAUAAAUGGACUUCAACUACACAAGAUGGUGCAAAAUCAGCUCAAUUUGAACAAAUGUUAUUAAUUACUGAAGAUGGUGUUGAGAUAUUAACUGCAAGAAAUGAAAAAUCACCUGGAGGUCCAGUACCUAGAAUAUAA